CAGUCAUUUACGGACGAGCCAAUCACAUUUGAGUUAGCAGGUCUUAGGUUUUGGCGCGAAGUCUAACAAUCUGAUUUUAAUGCGUUCAUAACCAUUACGCUGCCGACUCCUAGUUUUGACCAUCACUUUGUCUUAGCCUCAUCUCUUGUGUUUAUGACGAAUCCAAACCCUGUUUUCCAACUCUUCCUGUUUGUCUGCACCUUAUUUGUCGCAUCACCAUCAUCAUCCAUACCAUGGCCACCGAAAGAAAACUAUUUUGAUCAGACUUUGGACCACUUUAAUUUUCAAGCAAGAAAUCUGACUUUCAAACAACGUUAUCUUUAUGAAGAUAAAUGGUUCAAACCGAAUGGACCCAUCUUCUUUUAUUGUGGAAAUGAAGGAGGAAUCGAAGGGUUCUGGAACAAUACAGGAUUAAUAUUCGAGUUAGCACCUAGUUUUAAUGCUUUCAUACUGUUUGCUGAACAUCGCUACUAUGGUCAAAGUCUUCCAUUUGAUAGAAGCUUCCAGCAGCCAUAUAUCCAGUACCUUUCUAUUGACCAAGCGUUAGCAGAUUAUGCCUAUUUAAUCGAAGGUGUCAAAAGAAAAUUCAAUAUGACCAGAUCCCUCGUUGUUGCAUUCGGUGGAAGCUAUGGAGGUAUGCUUGCAGCAUAUAUGAGGGCCAAAUAUCCCCACAUAGUUAAAGGUGCUUUAGCUUCGAGCGCACCAGUAAGAUGGGUCGCAGGUGAAGGAAAUUUUCAUGAUUUUUUUGAAAGUGUCACGAAGGACUAUCAUGAUGCAAAUCCACAAUGUUCAGAGAAGAUUAAAAAUGCCUUUGAUUUAGCUGUUCAGUUGUCUCAGAAACCUGAUAUCGGUUACAAACAACUCUCUGAUGGCCUACGAUUAUGUAAACCUAUCGGAAAUGAUUUCGAAUUUCACUGGGUGCUGAAGUGGGCUCGGAAUGCAUUUGUUAUGAUGGCUAUGUUAGAUUACCCUUACAACGCAUCAUUUAUGGCAAGUUUGCCUGCUAAUCCUGUUAAUGUCUCGUGCAAGAAUGCAUUAGCAGCAAAUGAUCUCAUCCAGACCCUUCGUGAGGCCGUUGGAGUUUUCUACAACAGCUCACAAUCUCUCUCGUGUUUCGAUUAUAAAGCACAGUUUAUUGAAUGUGCUGACGUAACAGGGUGUGGUUUAGGCAAUGAUUCACUUGCUUGGGAUUUCCAGAGUUGUACAGAAAUGAAUUUACAUGAUGACUCAGAUAGUACUACAAAUGAUAUGUUCACCUCUUUACCUUUAACAAAACAACAAGUAACCAGUUAUUGUCAACAAAAAUGGGGCGUUACACCGGCGUUUAGUCAAUUGUCAACAUUUUAUGGUGAUAGUAUUUGGAAAACUGCAAGCAAUAUUAUAUUUUCGAAUGGGAAUUUGGAUCCAUGGAUGAAUGGUGGAAUUUUAACUGAUCAAUCAGCGAAUGUCAUCUCUUUAGUAUUAAUUGGUGGAGCUCAUCACCUUGAUUUAAGGUCACCAGAUCCAAAUGAUCCCCCAUCAGCACGUCAAAUUCGUCAAAUCGAGGUACAAACAAUUCAUUCAUGGCUUGAUUUAUGAAACUUCUAAACAAUUUUACGACACGGUCAUCUUUUUUUUUCCUCCCAAACAAAUCACUCUUUUUGUCAUUUUCCCUUUUCUAAAGAAAUAUUGUCAUUAUUUUGUGAUUAUGUUUAUGUUUUGAUUUAUAUCCAUAAUGCCUCUAGAUUAUUGAAUAAUGAAUAAAAAUUAUUUUGUU